UCUUUUUUCAGAUCCCCGUGUCAAAGACUGGAUGUGGAUGCAGUCCCCGUUCCCCACCAUCGUCAUGGCAACGCUCUACCUGUUGUUUGUGCGGGUUGCCCCCGGUUACAUGAAGGACAGGGAGCCGUACCAAAUGAAGGCCUUCCUCUUUGUCUUCAACACAGCUAUUGUCCUUCUCAACGCUUACCUAACCAAGGAGAUGAUAGAGGGUAUGUUUGGUGCUGGUACAACUGGAUCUGCACACCCAUGGCGUACUCCUAUCACCCUUCUCAGAUGAAGAUAGCUAGAGCUCUGUGGUGGUACUACAUGUCCAAAUGCAUCGAAUUCCUAGACACUGUGUUCUUCAUUCUGAGGAAGAAGGACAGCCAGGUGACGUUUCUCCACGUCUAUCACCACACCUCCAUGUUCCUCCUCUGGUGGAUCGGGGUUAAAUGGGUCGCCGGAGGACAAUCUGUGCUGGGAGCUCUAAUAAACACAGUGGUUCACGUGGUGAUGUACACCUACUACGCCCUCAGUUGCCUCGGACCCAGCGUCCAGAAAUACCUGUGGUGGAAGAAACACAUCACCCAUAUCCAACUGGAGAUGUCCAUCCAAGAACGAGAGAAGAGAGAAAGGAGGAAGAGAGAAAGGAGGGAGGAGGGGAAUGUGGAAGGGAGAAGGGGGA